GAAGAAAAGAGAGACUGAGAGACAUAAUGGUUACAUUUAGAUGGAUAAAAAUGUUUCUGUUCUUUGUACUCAUGCUUCAGUUUGGAGGAGUACAUAGUGGAGAUCUUUCGCUCUCCUUCACUGUCAGAGAUGCCGAUAAUGUCACUUUGCCUUGUGAAAACGUGAUCAACAAUCAUCACAACUGUGACACUACUGCCUGGAUCUUCACUGAUUCAAGAGGCACACCAGCAGUAGAGCUGGUUAAUCUUGGACAAAUCAAAGAAACAGCCAAAUCAGACAGACUGAGUGUUACAGCAGAAUGCUCACUGGUUAUAAAGAAGGUCACAGCUGAGGAUGUCGGUCGUUACACCUGCAGACAGUUUAAAAGCAAAUCAGGGGGACAGCAAGGUCUAGAUGAUGUGGUUUAUCUGUCUGUUGUUAGCAUGACUGAACAGAAGAAAGCUGAUGAGGUGACUUUAAGCUGCUCUGUGUGGACAUAUGAAAGGUGCAAACACAAAGUGAAGUGGAUCCAUAACAGUGAAGCUCUGGAUAUAGAUUACUCAAAUUUAAAAACAUCGGAGUCUUCCUGCUCUGCUACUGUGACUUUUCUGAAUGAUGCAUACACUCAUAUAUCAACUUAUGACUUGAACUGUAGCGUAACAACAGAAGAAAAAAAAGAGCAGCUUUUUACCUUCAGCACUCAGUCAUCAGGUGAGAAAUCAAAUACCGCAACAACAAUAAAAUCAGAAACUACAACUGGAAACACAACAAAAGAGCUGGAAAUCAUGGAUGAUUCAACAAAAUUACAAGGCUCAUGCUGGUACAGGCUCAUCAUAGUGCCUCUGGGUUUAGCAGCACUUAUAGCAGCUGUUGUGGUCAUCAACAUCUGGACAAGAGCUGGUGAGAAUGUUCACAUAUAAGCAAGAAGGGUUGAUAAACCUGACAUGAAGCUCUGAGGAAGCACGGGUUUAUGAUUUUGUAUUUUACAGGUGUGUAAAGAUGGUGAACUAUGAAAAAGUCCAGUCUACUGAAGUAGUUUGACCAACCCUCCAGCUUCUAUCAGAGAUCACUGAUCAGCACAUCAACAUGCUUUAUAUUGUUUUCAGCAGGCAGGGGUAGCUUUUGGAGGUUUUCUGGACCACAAAAAUAGGAACACAUGUUUAACAUGUUGUUUUCUCUUUCUGCAGAGGCCUCCUGUACAGCAUGGUUGUUGUAAAAAGAAAUACACAUACCUAUAUUUUUUUUUUACAUCUGCAUUUGCUGAUCAUUUCUGAAUUUGGAAAACAUGCUCUCACUAUUAUUUCCAAAACACUCCUGUUGGCACUUUAAUCUUGGGUAAUAGAUUUCAAAGCCAUUUUUCAUUUCUUUCUUUUUCAGCUGCAGAAAGUUAGUUUAGAGUUUUGAGCUUAGUUUUAUGAGCCUGAGCCUGGAUACAAAGUCAUUUGUAUGUGGUCGAAUCUGGUCUGCGCUCAAAUGAGUUUUGAUUGAUGAUGAUGUAAUCACACACACUGUAAUCUUUAAUGGAUUUGAACAUAAUGCAAUCUUUAAAAUAAAUAACAAUUC